GGUGAACUCCAGAAAGAAGAAACUAUGGCCGCAGUGAUUCUGGAGAGCAUCUUUCUGAAGCGAUCCCAACAGAAAAAGAAAACAUCACCUCUAAACUUCAAGAAGCGCCUGUUUCUCUUGACCGUGCACAAACUCUCCUACUAUGAGUAUGACUUUGAACGUGGGAGAAGAGGCAGUAAGAAGGGUUCAAUAGAUGUUGAGAAGAUCACUUGCGUUGAAACAGUGGUUCCUGAAAAAAAUCCUCCUCCUGAAAGACAGAUUCCGAGAAGAGGUGAAGAGUCCAGUGAAAUGGAGCAAAUUUCAAUCAUUGAAAGGUUCCCUUAUCCCUUCCAGGUUGUAUAUGAUGAAGGGCCUCUCUACGUCUUCUCCCCAACUGAAGAACUAAGGAAGCGGUGGAUUCACCAGCUCAAAAAUGUAAUCCGGUACAACAGUGAUCUGGUUCAGAAAUACCACCCUUGCUUCUGGAUCGAUGGGCAGUAUCUCUGCUGCUCUCAGACAGCCAAAAAUGCUAUGGGCUGCCAAAUUUUGGAGAACAGGAAUGGAAGCUUAAAACCUGGGAGUUCUCACCGGAAGACAAAAAAGCCUCUUCCCCCAACGCCUGAGGAGGACCAGAUCUUGAAAAAGCCACUACCGCCUGAGCCAGCAGCAGCACCAGUCUCCACAAGUGAGCUGAAAAAGGUUGUGGCCCUUUAUGAUUACAUGCCAAUGAAUGCAAAUGAUCUACAGCUGCGGAAGGGUGAUGAAUAUUUUAUCUUGGAGGAAAGCAACUUACCAUGGUGGCGAGCACGAGAUAAAAAUGGGCAGGAAGGCUACAUCCCUAGUAACUAUGUCACUGAAGCAGAAGACUCCAUAGAAAUGUAUGAGUGGUAUUCCAAACACAUGACUCGGAGUCAGGCUGAGCAACUGCUAAAGCAAGAGGGGAAAGAAGGAGGUUUCAUUGUCAGAGACUCCAGCAAAGCUGGCAAAUAUACAGUGUCUGUGUUUGCUAAAUCCACAGGGGACCCUCAAGGGGUGAUACGUCAUUAUGUUGUGUGUUCCACACCUCAGAGCCAGUAUUACCUGGCUGAGAAGCACCUUUUCAGCACCAUCCCUGAGCUCAUUAACUACCAUCAGCACAACUCUGCAGGACUCAUAUCCAGGCUCAAAUAUCCAGUGUCUCAACAAAACAAGAAUGCACCUUCCACUGCAGGCCUAGGAUAUGGAUCAUGGGAAAUUGAUCCAAAGGACCUGACCUUCUUGAAGGAGCUGGGGACUGGACAAUUUGGGGUAGUGAAGUAUGGGAAAUGGAGAGGCCAGUAUGACGUGGCCAUCAAGAUGAUCAAAGAAGGCUCCAUGUCUGAAGAUGAAUUCAUUGAAGAAGCCAAAGUCAUGAUGAAUCUUUCCCAUGAGAAGCUGGUGCAGUUGUAUGGCGUCUGCACCAAGCAGCGCCCUAUCUUCAUCAUCACUGAGUACAUGGCCAAUGGCUGCCUCCUGAACUACCUGAGGGAGAUGCGCCACCGCUUCCAGACUCAGCAGCUGCUGGAGAUGUGCAAGGAUGUCUGUGAAGCCAUGGAAUACCUGGAAUCAAAGCAGUUCCUUCACCGAGACCUGGCAGCUCGAAACUGUUUGGUAAACGAUCAAGGAGUUGUUAAAGUAUCUGAUUUCGGCCUGUCCAGGUAUGUCUUGGAUGAUGAAUACACAAGCUCAGUAGGCUCCAAAUUUCCAGUCCGGUGGUCCCCACCGGAAGUCCUGAUGUAUAGCAAGUUCAGCAGCAAAUCUGACAUUUGGGCUUUUGGGGUUUUGAUGUGGGAAAUUUACUCCCUGGGGAAGAUGCCAUAUGAGAGAUUUACUAACAGUGAGACUGCUGAACACAUUGCCCAAGGCCUACGUCUCUACAGGCCUCAUCUGGCUUCAGAGAAGGUAUAUACCAUCAUGUACAGUUGUUGGCAUGAGAAAGCAGAUGAGCGUCCCACUUUCAAAAUUCUUCUAAGCAAUAUUCUAGAUGUCAUGGAUGAAGAAUCCUGAGCUCGCCAAUAAGCUUCUUGGUUCUACUUCUCUUCUCCACAAGCCCCAAUUUCACUUUCUCAGAGGAAAUCCCAAGCUUACGAGCCCUGGAGCCUUUGUGCUCCCACUCAAUACAAAAAGGUCCCUCUCUACAUCUGGGAAUGCACCUCUUCUUUGAUUCCCUGGGAUAGUGGCUUCUGAGCAAAGGCCAAGAAAUUAUCGUGCCUGAAAUUUCCCGAGAGAAUUAAGACAGACUGAAUUUGCAAUGAAAACAUUUUUUAGGAGGGAGGAUGUAAAUAGCCGCACAAAGGGGUCCGACAGCUCUUUGAGUAGGCAUUUGGUAGAGCUUGGGGGUGUGUGUGUGGGGGUGGGCCGAACUUGGCAAGAACGAAAUGGUGUCAUAAAGAUGGGAGGGGAGGGUGUUUUGAUAAAAUAAAAUUACCAGAAAGCUUGAAA